AAGCAGAUCACGAUCCACCUCGUCGAGGGGUGGGCGCCGCUGCUCAUCGCCCGUCCGCGCAUGGAGGAGUGGCGUUUGGUCCAGGACUAUCGCGCCGGCACGUUUAUGAUGAAGGACCUCCCCGACACAGGCUGGAUGAAGUCCGAGCGAGACGAGAAGGGGCACUUCAUCGUCGACCUGCUGGGUGGCGCCGGCAGGGCCACCGACGACGCGACGAACGAGGGCGCGCCGACCGAGGGCGAGCCCAGCAGCGACGACUCGACCGACAACGAGUCCGAGGCACCGCCGAGCGAGUCCGAGGACGAUUCUGAAUCGUCCGACGUGGACCCCGACGCGUACUACCUCGAGACGGUCACCGAGUUUUACGACAUCAGUGACAAUGACGACGUGGGAAGUGAGUGGACCCAGGAGUUUCCGGUUGCGGGUUCGAGCGAGAGCGCUAGACCGAGCACGAUGGACCCCGACACCUACACCGACCUGGCCCUGGCCCUCGCGCAGGCACACGACGGUAUGAAGGAGAUGCUCCGAGGACCCCCGCCGCGUAAGGUUUGGGAGGUAUUCGUGGACGCAGGAGGUCUGUCGCAGGCGCUACUCGAGUACCCCAUGGUGGACGUCAUGCAGUUCCGCCUCGAGGACGGCUGGGACUUCUCCAAGCCGAAGGUGAUUAAGGCGUUCUUGAGGAAGAUCGACGUCGAGAGACCAGACGACAUUUUCUUCGCACCCCCGUGCAAGGUAUGGCGCUCGUGGCAGUGCGUGAACGCCUCGCUCUCAGCAGAGCACGCCGCGGAGAUCCACGAGGCGCGGGUACGCGAGGAGAAGACGUUUCUGAAUUUGGUCCGUGACUCGUUCGUGAUGCAGCCGAAUGGAGGCCGACACGCCUAUGUGGAAGGCCCAUGGUCAGGAGCGCACUGGAGCACCAAGACGUGGAAGGCACUGCCGGGCCACCACUGCCGGCUGGACCAGCGCCGCCUGGGAGCCAAGUUCCCCAUCAAGGGAGUGGACAUGCCGUACCAGAAGCCGACGCGAUUGCAGUCCACUAACAAGGAGUUCGUCGAUCACAUGGGUCUGAGGUGCGAGUGCCGGGGCGAGCGCGUGACACUACGCGGCAAGCUCGCCCAGCAGGCUCAGAACUACCCCGCACCGAUGGCUCGACGGAUGGCUUACCUGAUUGCCUACCCGGGCAUGGCCGCCGACAUCGACGAGAUUUACACAGCCGAGGAAGUGCACAGGGACAUCGACGCAAUCGAGUACACAGACGUAAUGCAGGAGCUGAUGAAGCGCUUCAACGUCUCGACCAUCCGUGCGGCCAAGCGCGCGCCGGCGCUGGCCAACGCCAUGCGACACGCAGGUGCCCCAGCAGAGUGGGUCCAGUGCGCCAGGCUCUAUCAGUGCGAGAUCUGCCUCAAGAGACAGCGACCGCGCACCGUGCGCGUGGCCGUGCUCCCGAAGGCCAAGCGCUUCAACGAGGUGGUCAGCACUGACGUGUACUACGUCACCUGGAAGACGAAGGAGCGGAAGAUCCUAGCGAUGAUGGACGAGUUCACGCGCUACGAGGUCGACUACCCCAUCGCGAAGGAGACUUUCAAGAAGGAGAAGAAGCUCUUCGAGAAGCUCUGGAUCAGCUGGGCCGGCAAGCCCGAGACGAUGCGCAUGGACAUGGGCGGUUCGCACACGCCCAAGAAGAUGCACUCCUGGAUGAGCAAGCACGACAUCAAGCUCGACCUGAUACCGAAGGGCGCGCACCACAAGCUGGGCUUGAUGGAGCGGAACCACGCGGUUCGGAGGGAGCAGCUGAGCAAGUACCACAUGCAGUUCCCCGACGACUCGCUCAAGACAGCCCUUAGGAUGACGGCCAGCCAGCGCAACCUACUGCGGAACGUGCACGGGUUCUCACCCGCCAUGCUGGUGCUGGGGACUCAGCCCCGCGUGCCGGGCGCCCUCUCCGACGAGGACUUCGGCCUGGCCGAGCAGUCCGCGCUGGUCGACCCGAGGAGCGAGGUGCACGAGAUGAUGCUGCGGCGUGUCGCUGCCGGCACGGCCUUCAUCGAGGCCAACUGCUCGCGCGCCGUGCGCGCAGCCCUGCUGGCCCGCAGCAGGCCGACCCGCCGAGGAUACGAGGUUGGCGAGUGGGUCUACAUUUGGAGACCUGAGCCUUCGCGCGGCCUGGAGAAGCGCCACUGGUUCGGCCCCGCGCUGGUGGUGGCCGUGGAGGCGAAGCCCAACGAGGACGACGUGAUGCACACCUCAGUGGUCUGGGCCACACACGGGCGCGUGAUCUACAGGUGCACGGUCGAGCAGCUACGACCCGAGCUGCCAGGCGAGGCCCGCGAGCGCGAGGGCCGCAGGGACGACCCCGACAGCCCGCUCAGCUUGAUCGAGAAGCUGCGCCGCGCGUUGAAGCGGACGAAGGGCACUUGCAACUACAGGGACCUGGCGGAGGAGGGGCAGACGCCCCAGUACGACGACAACCUGGACGACAUGGGGAACCAGCCGCAGGCGCGGGGGCCCGACGUCCAGGAGACAGACGCGGAGGAGCCCGGCGAGGCGUCGGGGGCAGCUGCAGCGGCAGCUCCCGGAGAGGCUCAGCCUCGCGAUCCUGGUGGCGUGGAAGCAGUUGAUCGAGACUCACCACGUUCCCCAGCGGCUGAUGCCGGCGCCGCCGCGAGCGGAAGUGCAUCGAGCCAUGCAGCGCCAGAGCCCAGCCGGCUCUACAUCGAGACGAUGGCUAAGGGGAGCGUAGAGGAGGCCGAGAAGCUGGACGGCGCGCCGCUAUCGAAGCGAGCCCGCUUGACGUGGGCCAAGCUGAACCCUCCUGACGAGCGCGCCACGCUGCUCGAAGAAGUAGACGAGAUGCUAUCGUUGGAGGAGUCCACUGAGACGGUCUACAUGCUGGCCUUCAAGCGGAAAGCCCCCGCCAUCGUGGAGGGGAAGCUGACGCCCGAGGACAAGGAACAGUUCGACGCAGCGAAGCUGGAGGCCCUCGAGGUGUUCAACCAGAACGACGGCUGGGAGCCCACUAACGAGGAAGACGUGGACCCAGCAGCCUGCUGUCCGCUGCGGUUCUUGCUGAAGUGGAAGAUGAAAGACGGACAGAAGGUGGCUAACGCGCGUGUGCUGUACCAGGGGUUCAAGCAUCGCGACGUCGCCGAGGGCCAGCUCGACAAGGAGGCGCCGACCUUGAGCAGACUGGGCCAGCACACGGUCAUGCUCUGGGCGUCCCUACGGAAGUGGAGGUUGUUCACGGUGGAUGUGAAGUCCGCAUUCCUGCAGGCGGAGGACGUGAGCGUACGCGGACUCAAGCUGCGCGCGUGCCCGACGAAGGAGAUGAGGGAGAUGCUCUCUCAGCAGAUCGGCCUGCAACCUGGACAGCUGCUGAAGAUGAUCAAGCCAUGUUUCGGAGACCCGAGGUCGCCGAAGCUUUGGCACUACCGCUCCGACGAAGUCACGAAUGAGAUCGGGUUCAGGAACCACUGGCUCGAGGACUGCCUCUUGCUGCCCCUGCGCCCGACGAAGGUCGAGGACGACCCGUUCGACGCGUGCAGCUUCGAGGACCAGACCUACGUGGUGGACGGCCUGAUCGGCAAGCACGUGGACGACUUCAUCGGAUGCGGCGAGGGACUGAACCAGAAGCUCACGUUCGGCAAGUGGGGCUUCGGGCCGAGCCUGAUCUUCACCGGCGGCGAGGUAGAGCAGUCUCUCAGCACCUACGCGGUGACCCUGAAGUUCGAGAAUUACCUGCACGCGGUGAAGCCCAUCACCAUCGAGAAGCACCGUCGGGCAGACCCGACGAGCGCGCUGACGCCGAAGGAGCUCACCAGUUUCAGGACCCUGAACGGUCAGCUGCAGUGGCCCUCGGCUCAAGGAGUGAUGAUAGCCGCAGCGACUGUUUCUUUCAGGGCAGCGGCCACGGGAAGUGCUACGGUGCAGGACCUCCUUGACGCGAACAAGGACCUGCGCUUUCUGAAGGCCAACGCGGACGUGGGACUCUACUUCGGGUUCGACAAGGCCUGGGGCGAGCUGCGCGUGGGAGUCUACUCCGACGCGACUCGCAGGGUGGCUAUACGAUCUUCGUUGGACCCGACGACGGACGACCUGCGAAACGGCAACCCGACACCGUUCGUGGGGAUGGAGUGGGCCUCGAAGAAGCUCGUGCGGCUGUGCAGGAGCUCGCUGUCCGCGGAGGCGCAGGCAGCUGCGCUAGGCGUGGACUCUCUGAUGUGGGUGAAGAUCUACCUGACGCUGAGUUUGCGGCCAGAAUUCAAGCCAGACCAAGCGAUGCUGUACCUCGGAGAGUCGCCGUUUAUCACGGACGCGAAGUGUCUCUACGACGCCUCAAGGUCAGCCACGGCAGGACUGGGCAUCACGGAGAAGCGGACGGCCAUCGAGGUGAAUAUCGUGAACGAGCAGAUGGAAGAGAUCGGCGCAGUGUGGAAGUGGGUGAACACCCAGCAGCAGAUGGCGGACGGGUUGACGAAGCUCUCCGCACGCCAGCAGAUGGCGGACGUGCUGCGCCGUGGAGUUCACGCUCUACGGUACGACCCGAAUUUCGUGGCCGGGAAGAAGCUGACCAAGCGCGCGAUGGAGCAGCGCGAGAAGGAGCUGGACCAGGCUAGAGAUGACCUGGCGGACGAGUUCGAGGCGAAGCCAAAGGAGAAGCCCAAACAGAGGAAGCGCCAUUUUGGCGCGAGUGGUGCGAGGUUGGCGGCAACCUUGGCAGGGAGCGGAGCAUCGAGUGCAGCCGGAGAGUUGAUGGAGCACACGCCCAGCGGCGUUGAGCUGUUCAACACGCCGGCGCCCGACGACUGGAGCGACCUGAUCACGCAGCUGCUCAUGCUCGGCAUCGUGAUAUGCCUCAUCCUGGCGUUCGGCUGUGGGUUCUGCGCAGGGGUGUGGUGGAUGCACCUGAUGAGCAAGACGACGAGCGCAGACUACAAGACGCUGGAGCCAGAGACGGGACCAGUCCCGACCAGACCGACGACGGCGGAGACCACCACGACAGGGACGAGCACGAAGCCGGUCAAGCAGAAGAAGACGCGCGACAUGUGCUGCCAGGCUCCGACGCGCUACAACCUGGACCUGGCACAGCCGAGGUUCCAGCCACUGCCCGAGUACGCCCACGGGGCAUUCUUCAGCUGA